GUUUGUCUCUCUUUUCGUUGUUGGUAUAAUAUGUCAGAUGGCAGGCGUCUUCGCCCGUCUUGGAGAGCACAAAAAAACGGCGUUUCCAUGAUUUCUGUGGCAGAUAUACCAGGGCACAGGAACAACAGAUGGACCAUCACCCCUCCCCUAUUCUUGGCAUCUUAACCGUACAGUAUAAAGCUCAAAGUUUGGGGCUUAGGCUAGUCGUUUGCCAGUGGACAACAAGACUGGAAAGAAAACCAAACCAAUUAAAUUAAAUCAAGUGAAGAACUGGUUCUAGAAUAGAUUGGAGUUGAGAAGUCAAUGAUGAAGACACAAACCCAGGACACCCCAAUAAAACAUCAGGGGCUCCUGAAGAGACAAAGAGACAUUCUGGCUUUCCGAAUGAAGAAGCUGUCAUCAAAACAAUCUGACUUCAAUAGCAAGACUGCAACUCUAAAAGAGAAGAUUAAGAAAAAAUACGAUGACAUGAAGAGGGUUUUGGAUGAGGACCUUAGAAUUACACUAAGUCAGCUGGAUCUUGAGACGGAGGCCAUGGAGAGAACUGUUGAGGACAGCAUUGAGAAGUGCUACCGCCUCACGCUGGAAAUCGAUCAGCAGCUCGCUGAACUAUCUGCACAGAUGGAGAAAGAUCAACAUCUGGGUCAAGAGAAGAUGUCAGAGGUGGAAGAAAGAAUAAUGGAGACUCUGAAGCUGACUGAUCCAGAGUUAAUACAGAUGGAUGAAUUUAAGAAUGAACAGCUGCUCUGCUUAACCAUCAACCUGCUACUGUUCAUACGUUCUCAGGUUCCUGUCACCAAGAAACUCUUCCAAAGCUAUGCCCAAGAUGUUGUUCUGGAUCCUGACUCUGCUCACCCAAAACUUAUUGUUUCCCCUGAGGGCGACUCAGUCUCUUACACUGAUACCUGGCAGGAAGUAUCUGAAAAUCCCUCUCGAUUCGACGCCACCCUGAAUGUGAUUAGCCGAAAGAGCUUCACGGAUGUUCGCAACUACUGGGAAGUGCAGGUUGCUGGAAAGACAUACUGGGAACUAGGCCUCACUUACCCUAAAAUCCCCAGGAAGGGGCGAGAGGAGGACUGCUGGUUGGGACGGGGCCCAGCGUCCUGGUGUGUUGAGUAUUUCAAUGGCGACUACACAGCCUGGCACAAUGGCGUUUCCCAUGAGCUCACCCAUGUAAGUGGGAGAACCUUCCAGCGCAUUGGCAUCUUCUCCAGCUCAGAGGGAGGUUUGAUUUGUUUCUUGGGGGCAGACACCAUGACGCCCCUGUACAGUUUUUGUGCAGGAACCUUCACAGACAUAAUCUACCAGGCUGUAUGUCCUGGUCAUGACAACCAGGGGACAAACAGGAAACCGCUGCUGAUUUGCGAUGCCUCGAAAUCUGCCCCCACCUUGUGAUAGACAACCAAUGAGGGUUGGGGACUGGGUUUAUCUAUGUGAAAGAGGUUGUUUUUAAGUGUAGAUUCAGUUUUUGGGAAUUAGUCGGAAAAUGUUCCUUAGCUUUGUCGUGUUCCUUAUUUGAUUAUUGCUAGAACGUAUGAAAUCAUCUGUGCCAUUUUUUGUAUCAU